GUGUCGAGACAGAACCUCAGCUUCGCCAGUUGUAUAAGGGUUGGCCAAGAGUAGCUUUGGUCUGUAUGAGUAUGUGUAAUAAUAAUAAUAACAAUAACAACACUAUUAAUAACGAUAAUCGCUGCAUCGGAUGUGCAAGCAGAUGUUUCACGCGUUGAUGGAGCUCGAGAACGAGGGCUGUCUGACUGUCACACACCUGGGGCGCCAGUGCCAGUGUGGGUGUCUGAUGAGCCCGAGGGGUGCAUUAUGACUGACCGUGGGGAACGUGUCUGAAUGUGGAGGGAUCCAGAUUCCAGGCUGCGUGACAAAGGCCGUCUGCGAGGGAGCUGCGCGCCACUGAGGCACGAACACGGGAGUCCGCGGCUCGGCACGCGCCGCGCUGACGCGAGAUCCGCCGGACGGACGGGAGCGCGCGGGGAGGGACACCAUGGACCUGCUGGAGUGCCCGCUGUGCGCGUUCCUGCUCUGCGAGCCCGUGACCGUGUCCUGCGGCCACUCGCUGUGCCGCCGCUGCGCGCUCACUAGCCAGCCCUGCAGGUGCCCCGUGUGCGCGGAGAGACUGCGGCCCCGGGACCUGCGGGGCUCCGGCAACAACGUGCUGCUCUCGGGGCUCCUGGAGAAGGUCCGGCCGCAGGAGAUGCGGCUGCGGGGUCGCGUGCUGGAGCGCCUCAGAGGCGGCGAGUUCGCGCAGGCGGCGCGCAUCGCCAGCGAGGGGAUACAGCUGGCCCCAGGAGACCUGGGUUUGAAGGUAUGGCGUGCAGAAGCCAAUAUGGGACUGCAGCACUUCUCCGACGCUCUGCAGGACUUGGACGAGCUGUGUCGCACGUGUCCCACCUGGACCGAGGGCUUCUUUCGAAAAGGGAAUGUGCUGCUGGAAAUGGGAAGACAAUCAGAUGCUUUAUUUCAGUACCACCGCUGCCUCAAACUGCAGGCCGAUUUCGUCCCGGCCAGGAACCAGAUAAAGAAGGUUCUGGAGGCAGAGGGAGUACAGGUUCCAGAGGACGUCCCCAGGCUCCUGCAGCUGGUGUCGGAGCGCCUCCGAGACCCCAGCCCCAUCACCAGCUCCGUGAGCCCCACUAUCAGGGACGGGUCGCGAUGUCCUCUGGAUGUGGGACAGGACCCAGAGGGGCUCAGGGACUCCAAGAAGACGUCGUGCAGUGUGAAGCACACCACACACACCAGUGCCGAGUGUUGCCUUAGCCUCUGCCAGGCCGUGUCCUUCCUCCCUACUGCAGAGGAUGAUGAAGAGUUAAUGAUGAGGAGAGAUGAGAGGACAAGAAAGGGUCCUUCAGGACAGACGAGUCAGGAGAAGGAGAUGUUUCUCAAUGUGCUCACUGUGUCGGACUUCGAAUGUCCACUCUGCAUCAGGCUGUUCUAUGAGCCGGUUACCACACCGUGUGGUCACACUUUCUGUAAAAACUGCAUCGAGAGAAGCCUGGACCACAACCUCCGCUGUCCACUGUGCAAACAGCCCCUGCAUGAGUACCUCAAGAACAGGAAGUACAAGACGACGGUGCUCCUGGAGAAGAUCAUGUCCCAGCUGUUCCCCCAACAGCUGGCCGAGAGGAGGCAGGUGCACGAUGCAGAGAUGGCUGAGCUCUCCAAUCUGACGAAGGACAUCCCGAUUUUCGUGUGCACGGUGGCCUACCCGGGCGUCCCCUGCCCGCUGCACGUCUUUGAGCCCCGCUAUCGCCUGAUGAUGCGCCGUUGCAUGGAGACGGGCACUAAGAAGUUUGGAAUGUGCACCUAUGAGCCCGGCAAAGGGUUUGCGGAUUAUGGCUGCAUGCUGGAGAUCCUGGGGCUGGACCUUCUGCCCGAUGGGCGGUCCUACGUGGACACCAUCGGGGGCGGUCGAUUCCGGGUGCUGAAGAGGGGCCAGAGGGAUGGCUACCACACGGCUGACAUUGAAUUCCUGGAGGACCAGAGGGUGGAAGGCGCCGAGCUGGAGCUGCUGCAGCGUCUCCAUGACAGCGUGUACCAGCAGGCCCAAGAGUGGUACCGCCGACUCAGCGGGCGCAUCCAGGAGCAGAUCAGCAGACGAUAUGGGCCGAUGCCGGAGAAGGAGGACAACAUCCAGGAAUCAUCUAAUGGACCAGUGUGGUGCUGGUGGCUGCUGUCAGUCUUGCAGCUGGACCCGACCUACCAGACCACGGUUCUGUCCCUCACGUCCCUGAAGGACCGCCUGAGCCACCUCCGCAUUGUGCUGGAGUACUUCUGCCAGGCCUAGAACCUUCUGGGGCCUGAGGGCUCGUCUUGCAAGCAGGACCUGGCGCUCAGAAUUCAGCGACGAGUUGUCGCCGCUUGCGUAUCUGACACGUACGGCCACGUGUUCUGGCAGUGUGCCAGACGCUCGCAGUCACUGUGUGUAAAUACACACGUAUGCACGUGCACGCAGGCACACGCUCGCACCAGGCUGUGUUCUUUGAUGCUGGCCGAACUAGCUGUCCCCUUUCUGUGGGCUGCAAUGAUGCCGUUCCCCAAAGCGAGCUUUCUUCGACUUUUCUUUAAGGGUCACUAUGAUUUAGGUUUUUACACUGCGUACGCACACCACUCAACAGGAAUUCUGCGUGUGCCGCCUCUCUCCUCCACUAGAGGGCGACAAAGAAAUUAUUUCUGACUCACUGUUAGUACAUUUAUUAUGCAUUAUUGCAGAAUUACAAUUAUUUGUCACGAUACCUCAAAGCUCCCCUUACUUUUGACAAGUUUUACUGUUUGAAAAUGUAAGCACGAAAUCUGUUAAUGAUGGCAUCUUUAUUUUUCAUUUUCAUUGCAAAAGAAUAUGACAAGUCGGAUCUCACGGAAUUCAUAGUGAUUUAUGGGGACGGCGAGGAGCUGUGGCCUAAUUUAUAUAAAAGUUGCAUAUGCAGUGCUGCCUCGUUUUUAAUGAGUUUAAUAUGUAGACGCACUGGGGGUCGGGUUUCUCCGGGUAGAUGCUAACGGACGUUUGGUAAUGGUUCGAAGUUGGUGCCAUCCAAGAUUGCAUGGAGGGGUGGGCAGUUUUUGGAGCUUCCUCAUCUGCAAAGGUGACCCCGGUCCACAGGUGUAGCAGUGGGGGUGCUCACCGAGUGCGGAGUCACUCCCUCUGUGGGCGGGGCAAGAAGGGACAGGAAGGGUGCUCACAGUCCCAGUGCUGCCCUUGCAGUCGAACCCACAACCCCAUAAUGUUAGGUCCUUUCCUCACUGGCACUGGUGCCUUGGAGCUUUGGGCCUUAUUUUCUUUGUAGAACGUGUUGUUUCUCUGAAAUUUUUUUUCCUUUUAUUUUUAGUGCCACUUCUCACACAAUGUCUAAAUUUUGAGGCUACAGUCUUUUCCGUGAAUUAUUCUGCUCUCCCGCUUGGACCUGGGUGAAAUUAUUAGCGGGCAAGAAACAUUUUUUUAUUAUGAUGAUUGUGCCAUAGUUAUGAUUAAUAUGUAGUCACAAUAGAUUGAGUUCUGAAAAGUACUAAUCAUAAUCGGUCAGAUAUUUUUUCGAGGUUGUGCACUGCGUUGUCCUUUAGCCGAACACCCUCUCAGCUGUUUAGUGAGUAAACACACACACACACUGACGCACUCACACACACACACACACACACACACACACACGGAGGUACACAUUGGGUGUGAGUUAAUGAGCUUGGCGACUUAUAUAGAAUUGAUUUACAAACUGUUCUGAAAAGGUUUUGAAGUUUAAAAAUGGGAUUUCAUUAAUGGGAGACAGAGGCAGGGCCGUAGCGGGUGAGGAGAAGAUGGAGAGAGCGGUGGUCCGCGCCUUCAGAAGCACGUCGUAGUCGUCCGGCCACCCGUGCGGCCCACUCCCUGUCCACGGCGGCUCGCUGUACAUCCUGCAGCGAACCAAAAUCGGAGCUUUAACCCAAUCUUUUCUCACUUGUUUAGAGCCCAUUGCUGUUUUGCACACGAGAACCUGUUCGCCAGUUUAUACGUGAGCAUGCGGUCUGAAAGGUGCACAUGCAGCUUCCUUAUCCAUAACUGGGUUAAUAAACUGGUGUGGUGGAGCAGUACCUCUCUUGCAACCAGUUCACAGGAUCGAUAUGUAUAAACUGGUGAAAUGGUGCGGGAAUGUAUUCUCCAUUGGGACAAGAACUCUACAAGUCAGUGAAAUACUUGAUGCCGAGGAAGGGGGACUCCAACUCAGUGGUGUCCUGUCUCCCCUUCGUGUUCGAAAAAGGUUAAUACUUGCGCACAAGAACUCUUUUUUUUUUUUUUUGCACGUCUUAUGUUUUAUGUACUUCAAUUAUCAGGAAUCACUGUGAAAUAUUUUCUUAUUGCAUAUCUCUUUUUUGUUUUUGUUUCACUCUGAUGAAUUAAUUUGCUCCCCACUAGUCCAAAUUAUUUCUCCCCUUCCUGCUUAUCGAAGAGGAUUCUGUUAAUGCAGGAAUAGGUUUUAUGCAGUUGCGUACUCCCGGCAAGUUUCACAUUCACGUGUGAAGUGUGUCUCGAGGUUCCCGACUACAGGAUGUCGACUUGCAGCUUUCGGGAUGCAGGUUUCCCAUCUGUGGGAAUUCCAAUCAGUUCUAUACAGUAAGUCAUAGUUGAACCACUAAUGCCAAACAUGAUGGGUUGAAUCACUACUGGUUGCUGUGUCGAUGGGUUUCUCCCACUUUCCUGUGGUUUCAAAAGGUGUGCAGCUUCUUACGAUGAGUUCAGAUGCCUUGAGCAACAAACGCCUUGUACAAACUGUUAUGAAAUGUAAUAAAUU